CCUGUAAUCUGUGAAAUGGUUUGGCCCUGGGGUUACAGGAAGUUGUAGCAGCUGCCAUGUUGAGCUGCUUUGUUGUAGAUUUCUUGUAGGUUUUCCAGCAGGGUUUUUUUUUUAAAGUGUGGCGAUGGAGCCGAGCUGGAGUACCUUCUUGUUUCAGCAUGCCAAUGAUGCCCUGCACCACCAGCACCAAGUGGGUCCGAACAGCCUGCUGCCGCUGCUUAACGCCAGCAAUGAGCCACAGGACCAGAAGCCCAUCAUGCCCAUCCCGCUGGACCAGAAGCCCCCGGUGAGCUCUGCUGACCUCCUCAAGGACAGCAUGGGCAGCGGGACUGGCGCUGGCGGAGGGGGCCAUGGUGGCGGAGGGGGCCAUGGUGGAGGAGGAGGCCAUGGUGGUGGUGGAGGAGGCAUCAUGCCCAUAGUGAAGAAAGAACCCAAAUCCAAAACGCCAUUCAUCUGUGGCUACUGCAACAAGGCCUUCCGAGACAGCUACCACCUGCGACGGCACGAGUCGUGUCACACCGGGGUCAAGAUGGUGUCACGACCGAAAAAGACAGCGCAGACGACGGCGCCCACCAUGGUGCCAUUGCUCUCAAGCAUGACGCGAGAAAACAACGCUAACCCCUCGUACAUCCUCACUACAGCCGCCACCUCGGCCUCGGGGAUUAUGGUCCCGACCUCCACGGUUGCCGGGUGCCAGCCAAGCGUGCCUAAAAAGCCGGCCAAGCCUGUGAAGAAGAACCACGGGUGCGAGAUGUGUGGCAAGGCCUUCCGUGAUGUCUACCACUUGAACAGGCACAAGCUGUCUCAUUCGGACGAGAAGCCGUUCGAGUGCCCGAUCUGCCAGCAGCGAUUCAAGAGGAAAGACCGCAUGACGUAUCACGUGCGCUCGCACGACGGUGGUGUGCACAAGCCCUACGUUUGCUCUGUCUGCGGAAAGGGCUUCUCCAGGCCUGAUCAUCUCAGCUGCCACGUCAAACACGUGCAUUCCUCAGAGAGACCCUUUAAAUGCCAAGUAACGGCCUGCACAUCAGCGUUCGCCACCAAAGACAGACUGCGCUCUCACAUGAUCCGUCACGAGGGCAAGGUCACGUGCAACAUCUGCGGCAAGAUGCUCAGCGCAGCUUACAUCACCAGUCACUUAAAGACGCACGGCCAGACCAACUUCAACAACUCCUGCAACAAAGGAGACUGGCAGUGGAACUCGUCAGGGCUGCAUAAAGACAACUCCGACGUGUGCCACUCGGGCUCGGUUACGCCCGUCACGGUGUCUGCGCCCGCCACCACGCCGAUGAGCCGCACCAACGCCAGCACGGCCGUGACCAUCGGCGCCCAGAUGAACCUGAGCACCACGGUGAACAUCACCUCAGCGCCGGUGAGCCUACAGCACCCGGUCACCAUCACCGGCCCGGUUAACAUCGCCUCGGUCAACAUCCCGGCCACGGCGUCACACAUGAACAUCGCCCACCCGGUCGCCAUCACCACGCCCAUGCCCAUGAACAUCGGCACGCCGCUCAACAUCGCCAUGCGGUCCAUGGAGAGCAUGCCCUUCCUCUCGCAGGUCCUGCCCUCCUCGCCCCCGUGGUGAACCGCGUCCGAAGCUUCAUUAACCCGAUUCGCCGAACCAGCUGACUCCGCCCCCUUCCCUCAGCCAGCGAGUGUUUACUCUGCUCUUGUGGCACGGUCCUACAGCCACAUCACAAGCAGCGCUGCAACCAUGAUGGAGUUUUCUCCCCAGUUUCUGUGAAGGAUUUCUUCCCUACUCUGAGCACGCAGACCUCGCGCCGAGGUUCAUCACAGACAAACGCAAUAAGUGCUAAUUGUUUUUAAAAAAAAUAAUAAUAAUAAUAAUUAUAUUAUUUUUUUUCUAUCCCAGAACAUUGGGAUUUCAUUUUUACAUUGUUUAGCUGUAGCCUUCUAAUCAGUAUUUAAUUUUUUUUUUUUUAUUAUUAUUUUUUUUUUAUGUUUAAGAUGAGUUGUAAAGGGAUAAAGGCUUUGUAAAGGUUUUACAGAGAGACGACUUGCUGAUUUAUCACUCGAGGUACAGUAACUGAAUUUUAUUGUACACUUGCGUACGCUGGUGUUUGUGUUUUUAACCAACUACACUUGUGAAUUAUUAUUUUUUUCUUUUUCUUCUUCCUUGGACGGCGGUGUUCCCGGCACUGACUCAUGACUGUUAUUUUCUUCCCGCUCUGUUUAUUAAGGACGGCUGGGUGUGCUUUGUUUACUCGAGCGUCAGCAGUUAGGGGUGUUUUUUUUGUUGUUGUUUUUUUAAAUCAGGAACAGAUCGAGGAAAGAUUGUUGCACUGAAAGCUCAUCCCUUGUGAACAACACCAGUAUUAUCAAAGAUCAAACAUGGGUUUCGGGUGAAGCCUGGACAGAAGCGGGCCGCUUUUGGGACUGACCCUCAAAAAGUUCAAGUUCACUUUGAUUUGGAAUGAAUUUCUGUCGAAAGUCCAGUAGGUAGAGUUUUAUACCGUUGUUUUUAAUCUUACUAUGAACUCGAUUAGUUGUUGUGUUUUUUCCCCCUUUCCUUUCCACAAGGGCCCUGUUAGGAGGAAUUUUCUGCUCAGGAAACCCAGUAAACUACUUUUCUAUUUUAUUUGAAUAAUAAUUCCCAACAUCAUGAACUUUUUUUUUUUUUUGGCUUUGUUUUGUGUAAAUAUUUAUUUUUCCACGGACCCUUUUCCCUCUUUAUGGUGGAGGGGAAACUGAACAACUGCUCUCGCUGUCCAUUUUGAAUGGAACGCUUCCAUUGGGGUCCUUGAUGAGAAUCCGGUGUCCUUGCGUCGCCUCGUGCACGAGUGCGGUUUGUAGCGCGCCCUCGUCGACUUUCCAUCCACGUGCGUGUGUCUCGAGUGGCAUUUAAUAAAGCUAUUUCCUGUAUGCUGGAUUCCUAAUGAACUACUAUGCUACUCGAACAAGCCUAGGUACUCGAGUUUAGUCUUAAAACUUUCCCGUGUUAGCCGUCUGUGGCGUCUCGCUGCUUCAGAAACGCCUUCACACACACACACACACACACACACACACACACACACACGUCGACUUGCUUAAGCCGGUCCGAUACAUCUUGGUCUGAAAAUGUACUCGUUUUUUUUUUUUAUCGUAUCUUCCCAUUUACAGGGAGGAACAAACAACCAAUCAGAUUGCGAGCUGUGGGCGGAGCCUCUAACCAUUAUUUACUAUCUCACUGCAAGCAGAGUAAAAGUAAUGAAUUCCAUCCUGUACAGGUGGACGGAAUGUUUACGUUACCAUGGCAAUGUGGUGAAUUUGAGGUGUUUUUUUGUUUGUGUUUGUUCCCAAACGGCGUCACAUGUGAAACUGAGUCUAAAUGCAUCACCGACUGCUCCUGAAAUGCGCUAUGCUUCGCAUUGCUGUGACGUCAGCAUGGUUGCUAGGCAACAAAUAGUGAUUAUUUGUUCUUCUGUUGAUUGACGAUGUCGUCGACGUCCGUGUGUGAGCAGGUGAAGCCGCUUGUCAUCUCCGUAUCAAGUCCGCCGAGGCCUUUAGGGAUCUCCGGGUCAUCCGGAUUGAAACCAUGGCGACGGAGUUUCCAUUAAAGGGAAGUUAACCAGGGCGUGUUUACAAACGUGUAAGUGAGGAGAACAUUUUUAUUUAAUUUAUUUUGGCUCUCGGUUAGAUUGUAUUUGUAUUCAGAAGCCUCGCUGCUCGAACACGCUUUAUAAGAGACACGUGCGUCCGCUGUCCAUCACUACGAGGGUUGGAGCCCUGCCAAUGUGAGUCUAGGUACACUGUGUGAACCGCUAGCGGUGCACAGACUUGUCAUUAGUAUUUUUCUAUUCUUCUGCAUCUCGAUCCUGGUCACUCAAGCGUGGGCCUGAAGUAAGCGCUGCAGAAACGACACUAAUUUAGUGUUUUGUUUGGUUUUUCUUUUUUCCUUUAGAUGUUUUUAAUCAGUAGUGCAAAGUGUUCUCAUCCUUCCUGUCGACACGUCACUGAACCAUCCAUACAGCAGCCAGGCUUUUAUAGACUGUGUGUUUGUGUAUAAAUGCGGAAUCUUGUGGGUCAAGUGUACAAAAUCCUCUGCCUUAAUCAGACUCUGUAAAGACGUUUGAGGGACAUGAAGCAGCGGCACGUGCCUGAGUUCGUCCUGAAGUGGGCGCUGAUAUCGCGCGCAGGAGGAAAUGCAUUCACAUGUCACCAAAAAAAAAAACAAUAAUGGAUUCAACACAUGCAGGUUCUCUCUGCUUUUAAAGACUUUUUUUUUUUUGUGUCGACAC